UUCUUAACUACGGUUCUCAGAGAUGAGUCGGACAGCUGGCGAGUGAAACACGCUGAAUCUCCUCUUGUAAACAGAACCGACAAGUUUUGACGGAUUAUUUAGGAACUUUUCUGGCGCAAAGAACUGUGCCACGCGGAAAGAAUUGUUAGCGUUUAUGCAAUUUUAUUUUAUUUACAUGUUUUUUUUUCCUAAUAAUAUUUCGCGUACGCUCUUGUUUGGACGGAGAUCAGCCUACGAUUUGGUAUCGCAUCAGUGUGAUGAUUGGAAAGCGCUCUUUAUUUUGUCUUUCCCUUUAAGUGCGUAAUAAUAAUACAUUACGAUUGCGAUUCAUCUUACAUUUAAAGCAAAACUUCACACGUGGGAUUUCGAGAAGAUUGUUAAGUUUCAAACGGAUGGUCUUCUCGUGUUCGCUCGGACAUUCUCACUCAAAAUAGACAAUAUUCGGAGCUUCUGAAACUUCAAGAUGAACAUGUUUUUGGGAUUUCUCUCACAAUAAUUAUGCCACCUUCGUGUUUACUUUGUAAAUAUUCCAAGACCUCUUCUGAGUAGAGAAGUAAAGUUUCGCAGUAUCAAGAUCUCAAGGUGGGAAGCGCUGCGCGCCUCGUCUAGAUCUUCUCCUUAUUCAGGAUCGUUUGAACUCUCCUGCCCGCUUGAAAGGAGUCGCAUUGUAUCGGUCGUCACCACAGAACGUGUUGCGGGAUAGCAUGGCAAUGGUAGUAAAUCAGUGGCAAGAGAACAUUUCGGCUGAUCCCGGGUCCCAGCUGCAAAUGUGCAGUCAGGAGCCCGGCGGGACACCGGGAACUCCCUCAGGUUCUACCCCGGGCAACGACGCGCUCUCCGGGGACAAAAUUCCCAAUGUGGACUGCAUGGUGUGCGGGGACAAGUCCAGCGGCAAACACUACGGCCAAUUUACCUGCGAGGGCUGCAAGAGCUUCUUCAAGCGCUCGGUCAGACGGAACCUCAGUUACACCUGCCGGGGGAACCGCGAUUGUCCCAUCGACCAGCACCAUCGGAACCAAUGCCAGUACUGCCGACUGAAGAAGUGCUUGAAAGUCGGAAUGAGGAGAGAGGCUGUGCAAAGAGGUCGUAUGUCCAACUCGCAGUCCAGUCCAGGACAGUACCUGAGCAAUGGGAGUGACCCAUACAAUGGGCAGCCGUAUCUCUCAGGCUUCAUCUCUCUGCUCCUAAGGGCCGAGCCGUAUCCCACGUCCCGCUACGGAGCCCAGUGCAUGCAGUCCAACAACCUAAUGGGCAUCGAGAAUAUCUGUGAAUUGGCCGCCCGUUUGCUCUUUAGCGCUGUGGAGUGGGCGAAGAACAUCCCUUUCUUUCCUGACCUGCAGCUCAUGGAUCAGGUGGCGCUCUUGCGCAUGUCGUGGAGUGAGCUGUUUGUUUUGAAUGCUGCUCAGUGCUCUAUGCCGCUGCAUGUAGCGCCCCUGCUGGCCGCUGCAGGUCUACACGCCUCCCCUAUGUCAGCAGAGCGGGUGGUGGCCUUCAUGGACCACAUACGCGUCUUUCAAGAGCAGGUGGAGAAACUGAAAGCCCUUCAGGUAGACACAGCUGAAUACUCCUGCCUGAAGUCCAUCGUACUCUUCACCUCUGAUGCCAUGGGUCUGUCUGAUGUGGCCCAUGUGGAGAGCAUCCAGGAAAAGUCCCAGUGCGCUCUUGAGGAGUACGUGCGGAACCAAUACCCCAAUCAACCCAACCGAUUUGGCCGCUUGUUGUUACGGCUGCCCUCCCUGCGCAUCGUUUCUUCUCCUGUUAUUGAACAGCUGUUCUUUGUGCGGCUGGUAGGCAAAACGCCCAUCGAGACCCUGCUGCGGGAUAUGCUGCUUUCCGGCUCCAGCUACAACUGGCCUUACAUGCCUGUCCAGAGAGACCGGCCCAUCUCGCUCCAUUACAACGAGAACGGGCCCUGAUCCUGCCCCCUAUAAUCCAUAUCACACCCCUGCCACCAUGGGGUCAUGGCCGAUACAGAGAAUCUGUCAGCAAGCCACGCCCCUUUCUGCCACAUCAUCACCUGCUCACUUACCUGAAGCACCAGCUGUUUGUUCUGUCAAUGGGAAUGGACCACAGCGUUCAUAUAGACACCGAACUGUUUCCCACAGAGGUAAUCUAUGAACAAGGACUGUUUGGCCCAAAGUGCAUCGUCCAUUCCUGAUUAUGACUCAACCAGAAGCCAUUAAAGCUGAUGCCAAAACUUUACCAGAACAGCUAUUAGAUUGACCUCGAAAACCACACCACUUGUAUUAAGGAGAGUCAAGAUUCUGUCCGAUGGUUUGCUGAAUUUCAACCUGAGAGAAAGGCAUGACUCUUGCAGGACUCGUUGGAGAGAAAGCCAUUGCCAAAGUAGGACAGGCAGACGAACUCUUGAGAGCAUUCAUGGAACUGAUGACUGAGGUGAAAUUCCGUUUGUCUUGUUGAUUUUUGCGUUUGGGUCUCUGAUGAAGUGGGAAGACUUGAAAGAGGCACUUGAAACCAGCCAGAUAACCCUCACUUUCUGUGCUUUUCUCAGCUGCAUCCAAAUACUCUGCACAUCUAGACAGAAUGUUGCCGUGUCAAGCACAACAUGCGUCUUGUUAUAUACAGGUGUUUAUCUCCUGUAGCUUCAAAAAAAAAAAAAAACACUACACUCUUAAAAAUAAAGGUUCUUUAUUGCCAUCGAAGGUUCCAUGAAGAACCUUUAACAUCCGUGGAACCUUUCAAAUGCAGAAAAGGUUCUUUAGAUUUUUAAAAUGUUUCACACAAUCAGUCUUUUAACAACUGUUCACUGAAAGGUUCUUUGGGGAACCAAAAAUGAUUCUUCUAUGGCAUCACUGCAAAAUCACCUUUUUGGAACCUUUAUUUUUAAGAGUGUAGGGUAAAAUAGGGUAUUCUGGGACAUUUGGGAACGCUCCGGUAUGUCCAACUGAACCAAGUCUCUGUUAACUUUACCAUAACCUAGCUGGGUUUUCAUAGGAUACAGUCAAAUAAAGGUAACAGUCAAACAUGCAAAAAUGACCCAGAUUACCCUAACUAACCCAACAAACUCAAGACCUCAAUUAUGCCAAUAGUCUGCCUUUGAUGACCAGGUAUAUUGUGUAGCAUACUGUAGGUUUCAUCAAGUAUUUUUGUUACUUUCUUGCUCGUUUGAAUAUGUUUAAACCCCGUUGUCACAUUUUUAACAUGGCACUACAGCUUUUAAGGCAGCAUUUGGAUAUAAAAGCCAUUGGGACCUUUGAAAGCAGGACCUGUUGUAUUAGUUCACAGAAUAUUUCUAUCAAAGUAUGUUUUUCUGUAUUUUAGGUUUGGAGAAAUGAAUUAAUGAAAUAAAAUCUGUCAUGCACAGAAU